AUGAACGAACCCCAUUCCCAAAAGACUGGGGGUAUAUACCACCGUCCGAUAGACGAACCAACCCAUUCCCAUUCAAAAGACUGGGGUAUAUACCACCGUCCGAUGAACGAACCAACCCUGUUUCCAUUCAAAAACCAUUUUCCAAUGAACGAACAACCCAUUCCAUUCAAAAGACUGGGUAUAUACCACCAGGCGAUAACCAUCCCAUUCCCAUUCGACUGGGAACCAAAUCCGAUGAACGAACCAACCCAUUCCCAUUCAAAAGACUGGGAGUGUAUACCACCGUCCGAUAGACGAACCAACCCAUUCCCCAAAAAGACUGGGGAGUAUAUACCACCGUCCAUUCAUUCCCAUUCAAAAGACUGGGGGUAUAUACCACCGUCCGACAGACAAACCAACCCAUUCCCAUUCAAAAGACUACUGGGUAUAUACCACCGUCGAUACGCACCGUGUAUACCACCGUCCGAACGAACCAACCCAUUCCCAUUCAAAGACUGGGAUGAACGAACCAACCCAUUCCCAUUCAACGGACGGGGUAUAUACCACCGUCGAUGGACGAACCAACCCAUUCCAUUCACGUAUAUACCACCGUCCGAUGAACCAACCCCGGGCGAUUCAGACGAACAAACUGGGGACCGUCCGAUACCAACCCCCAUUCAAAAGACGACAGACGAACCAACCCAUUCCCAUUCAAAGACUGGGGGAGUAUACCACCGUCCGUCAAUGUAUAACGAACCAACCAUUCCCAUUCACGGACAACCAUUCCCAUUCAAAGACUGGGGGUAUAUACCACCGUCCGAUAGACGAACCAACCCAUUCCCAUUCAAAAGACUGACAUCGUCCGAUAUACCAACGACCGAAAUUAAAAGACUCCGGGACAGGGAAGUAUACCCCACGAACCAACCCAUUCAAAAGACUGGGGAGUACCCAUUCAAAAAGACUGGGGAGUAUAUACCACCGUCCGAUAGACGAACCAACCCAUUCCCAUUCAAAAGACUGGGAGGUAUACCACCGUCGAUAAACGAACCAACCCAUUCCCAUUCAAAGACUGGGAGUAUAUACCACCGUCCGAUAGACGAACCAACCCAUUCCCCUGGGGGUGUAUACCCACCGUCCGAUAACGAACAACCCCAUUCCCAUUCAAAAGACUGGGAGUAUAUACCACCGUCCGAUAGACGAACCAAUUCAAAAGACUGGGAGUACAUACCACCGUCCGAUAGACGUAUUCAAAAGACUGGGGAAUAUAUACCACCGUCCGAAAGACGAACCAACCCAUUCAUUCAAAAGACUGGGUAUAUACCACCGUCCGAUAGACGAACCAACCCAUUCCAUUCAAAAAGACGUAUACCACCGUCCGAUAGACGAACCAACCCAUUCCAUUCAAAGACUGGGAGUAUACCACCGUCCGAUACGAACCAACCCAUUCCAUUCUGGAGGAAUAUAUCCCACCGUACCGAUAACGAACCAACCCAUUCCCAUUCAAAAGACUGGAAUAUAUACCACCGUCCGAUAGACGAACCAUAUUCCCAUUCAUCAGAGUAUAUACCACCGUCCGAUAGACGAACCAACCCAUUCAUUCAAAAAGACUGGGGAGUAUAUACCACCGUCCGAUUGGACGAACAACCCAUUCCCAUUCCAUAUUAA